AUAUUUAUUGAAUCUAGACACACCUUGUGCUUGGGUUUCUCUUGUUACGUUUUUUAAUACAUGAUAUCACUUUCUGUUAUUCAGGUACAUUGAGAGUUUGUUCAUACCAUUUAAAUUCUAACAAUUUAGAAUACCAAACUUGUUUCUUCGUAUAAAAGCAUUCCCCCACCCUCAAGCAACGUCUUGAUUUCAUAUUCUAUCCGUUCUAAUCAAUAAUGCCAAUUGUUCAAAAUUAAAUAUGGUGAAAAUUUAUAGCAAGUGGCAAUUGGUUGCCAAAUUAAAGAGUCUAAAAGUCAAUGGCCCAUCAAGGAAAUUAAAUGUUAAUAUGAUUGAUGACCAUGGACUCCAUUUAGUUUUUUGUUUAUAACUGAAACUUUGAUAAAUUAAUCCUACUCUUCAAUUAGAACUCAUAGGCAGGAAGAUACUGAAAAUGAAGUUCCAUAAGGAGAAUCUGGAUUUGGUUUUAGUCCCUUCUGGAUUGCUGAUCAUGUUUGCUUAUCACCUCUUUCUGCUCCACAGAUAUAUCAAUCGGCCUCACACUACGGUCAUGGGAUUUGAAAACAAUGACAAAAGAGCCUGGGUUGACAGAAUUAUGCAGGCUGAGAAAAGGGAUAUUAGCACAGCUCUAUCUGUCAUUCAAUUCAACACAUCAGCUGCAACAUUCUUGGCCUCAAUCUCAUUGACUCUUUGUUCUCUAAUCGGAGCUUGGAUUGCCAAUACUUCAAAUAUUCUCUUCCAAAGUCAAUUAAUCUACGGUGACACAAGUGCAACCGCAGUUUCCAUCAAGUACAUUUGCUUAUUAACCUGUUUCCUCCUUGCUUUCUCAUGCUUUAUUCAAUCAGCAAGACACUUUGUUCAUGCAAACUAUUUGAUAAGCACACCGGAUAGUUUUGUUCCUAUCAGUAGUGUGGAAUUAGCAGUCAUAAGGGGUGGUGAUUUUUGGUCACUCGGUCUUCGAGCUCUUUAUUUUGCACUUAACUUGCUGCUUUGGUUUUUUGGUCCAAUAUCCAUGUUUAUUUGCUCAUUGGUUAUGGUUCUUGUUCUUCAUUAUCUUCUUGACUCAAAUUCAAGGCCAUUGCAUUUGCAUCCUGCUAGAUCUCAGGGUGUCAAGUUUCAGAUGGCAAAAAAUAACUUAACUUAUGAAGAGAUACCUUAGCUAGACAGCUAGCAAGGAAUCAGCAAUGUUUCAUAAUCAAACACAAAUUGGGUGAUAAAUUAAUGUAUGAAAAACUAUAUAUGAUAUUCUUCUUUAUCAUUAUAUGAUUACAUUAGGUUAACAAAAGGAGGGAAAAAAUGAGAUUAUAUGUUCUGAGCUGUACAAUUCUACAAUAUUAAAUUCACAAACAAAAUUUAUAUAUGAUGUUUGAAAAAA